AUUUCGUCGAGUCGACGGUUGACGAGGUCGUGAAGACGUGAAUUUUUGACACUAGGAUGAUAAAAAUAGUGAUACUGUUCUGCCUGGUGGCACUUGCCACAGCUAGUCCAGCUGUCAGGGAUGACAGAGGGGAGAGCGUGGAGAAGACCAUGAUGAGGAAGAUGGAGGAGCUGAAGAAGACGCACAGUCUGCGAAUUUAUGGGGACAUCGUCACUUUGGAGAAGCUGGAAGACAGUGAGGAGCCGAGGGUUAUGCCUGGAGAGGACCCCCUGGUGGUCAGCAUUGAUCAGUUUCUCAAAUCGAGGAAAAUUCGAAUUAAUCUGCCAAGUGAUGGAUCUCCAGCUGACUUUCUAGGAAGAGCUCUCGGCCACAAAGAAAUUGAUAUUGAACUUCGGGGAUUGACGCGUGGAGCUUCCGAAGCAAGGACCAAGCUGAAGAGGAUGAUCAUACCAGUUCUCCUGGCGUUGAAGCUGAAGGCCCUGAUAAUCCUCCCAAUAGUCAUAACAAUAAUUGGCCUGAUCGGUCUGAAGGGUCUCGGAGCAGGUCUAGCAGCUCUAUUCCUAUCAGGAGCAGUGGCCCUCAAGGCCAUUCUGACCCCACCACCUCCAUACCCCGCAGCGAGGGUGAGCUAUGGCAUCGUAAAACCUGAGAUUCAUCACGACCAUUGGCACAGAUCACAGGAGGAAGUCAAUCAGCCGUAUCGAGGAUGGUCCCCCGAGUUCAACGAGGCGCCCUAUCCCUACCAGGAAUUACCCUAAAUCCCUCUCGAAUUUCACAAGUCAUCACCCGCUCAUCUAUUUAUUGUUUAUUUAUUACCAGAGAAUUUCUAUGAAUAAAUAUGGUGGUUUGAAUACACGUGUCAGGCCCCUAACAUUAAUGCGACAGAAUUUGACAUUUUUUUCCUUAUUUAUUGGACUUUUUGCGAAGUUCAAAGAAUCACCCGAAACCCCUACCAAAAUUCACAAGUUAUCACCCUCCCAGAUUUAUUAUUUAUUUACUACCAGUGAAUUUCUACGAAUAAAUAUCGUAUUGUGAAUACACGUGUCAGACCUUCUGAAAUUACUGUGAAGAAAGUAGAUGUUUUUUUCCUCCUUGUUUGGGUCUUUUUUCGAAGUUCAAAGAAUGACCCCAAACCCCUGCCAAAGUCCGCAAGUUUUUGCCCUCCCCUAUUUAGUGUUAAUUUAUGAUCAGUAAAUUUCUACGAAUAAAUAGUGUCGUUUAAAUACA